GUCCCCACUGAGGGUGUCUACACCGGCACGGGUUGCGUGGGCUCCCCUGUCGGAUACUGGGCACCGAGGAGGGCUAUGGUCUGCUGAGUGGCAGGGGACGCGAGGUGGGAGACGCUCUGAGACCAGCUGACCAACCAGGGCUUGUGAGAGGCAGAGACAGGCCGAGCCCAGGUGGGACGGGGCUUACAGCACUGUGGGGCAGCCAUGGAGAACUCCCACGCAAAGACCGUGGAGGAGUGUCUGGCCUACUUUGGGGUGAGCGAGAACUCUGGCCUGACACCUGAACAGGUGAAGAAGAACCUGGACAAAUACGGCCCCAACGAGCUCCCGGCAGAGGAAGGCAAGUCCAUCUGGGAGCUGGUGGUGGAGCAGUUUGAGGACCUGCUGGUGCGAAUCCUGCUGUUGGCAGCCUGCAUCUCCUUUGUGCUGGCCUGGUUUGAGGAAGGCGAGGAGACAGUCACUGCAUUUGUGGAGCCAUUCGUCAUUUUGCUGAUCCUCAUCGCCAAUGCCAUCGUAGGAGUCUGGCAGGAGAGGAACGCUGAAAACGCCAUCGAGGCCCUGAAGGAGUAUGAACCCGAGAUGGGCAAGGUGUACCGUGCAGAUAGGAAGUCUGUGCAGAGAAUCAAGGCCCGGGACAUGGUCCCCGGCGACAUUGCCGAGGUGGCUGUGGGUGACAAGGUGCCAGCUGAUAUCCGCAUCAUCUCCAUCAAAUCCACCACCCUGCGUGUGGACCAGUCCAUUCUGACAGGUGAGUCGGUCUCUGUUAUCAAGCACACGGAGCCUGUCCCGGACCCUCGCGCUGUCAACCAGGACAAGAAGAACAUGCUCUUCUCGGGCACCAAUGUGGCAGCUGGCAAGGCUGUGGGCAUCGUCAUUGCCACAGGGGUGGGCACCGAGAUCGGAAAGAUCCGGGAUGAAAUGGUGGCCACAGAGCAGGAGAAGACGCCGCUGCAGCAGAAGCUGGAUGAGUUCGGGGAGCAGCUGUCCAAGGUCAUCUCGCUCAUCUGCGUGGCCGUCUGGCUCAUCAAUAUUGGCCACUUCAAUGACCCCGUCCACGGUGGCUCCUGGAUCCGCGGUGCCAUCUACUACUUCAAGAUCGCCGUGGCCCUGGCCGUGGCCGCCAUUCCUGAAGGUCUCCCUGCCGUCAUCACCACCUGCCUGGCCCUGGGCACCCGCCGCAUGGCCAAGAAGAACGCCAUUGUUCGGAGCCUGCCGUCUGUGGAGACGCUGGGCUGCACCUCAGUCAUCUGCUCUGACAAGACCGGCACCCUCACCACCAACCAGAUGUCCGUGUGCAAGAUGUUUGUCAUUGAGAAGGUGGAGGGAGAUGUCUGUUCCCUGAAUGAGUUCAGCAUCACCGGCUCCACCUAUGCCCCUGAGGGAGAAGUGCUGAAGAAUGACAAGCAUGUGAAGGCUGGGCAGUACGAUGGGCUGGUUGAACUGGCCACUAUCUGUGCCCUCUGCAAUGACUCCUCCCUGGAUUACAAUGAGGCCAAGGGUGCCUAUGAGAAGGUGGGGGAAGCCACCGAGACGGCGCUGACCUGCCUGGUGGAGAAGAUGAAUGUUUUCAACACAGAUGUGCGGAGCCUGUCCAAGGUGGAGCGCGCCAAUGCCUGCAACUCUGUGAUUAAGCAGCUAAUGAAGAAGGAGUUCACCCUGGAGUUCUCCCGUGACAGGAAGUCCAUGUCCGUAUACUGCUCCCCCGCCAAGGCCUCCCGCGCAGCUGUCAGCAACAAGAUGUUCAUCAAGGGUGCCCCUGAGGGGGUUAUCGACCGUUGUAACUAUGUCCGAGUGGGCACCACCCGUGUCCCCCUCGCACCCCUGGUGAAAGACAAGAUCUUGACCGUCAUCAAGGAGUGGGGGACGGGGCGGGACACACUGCGCUGCCUGGCCCUGGCCACGCGUGACACCCCCCCCAGGAGAGAGGACAUGGUGCUGGAGGACUCCACCAAGUUUGUUGAGUAUGAGGUCAGGUUCGGGCCUCCCCCCCAGAGUCUGGUGGGGAAGUGGUUGGGGGGGUCAGGUGGGGCUUGUUUGGGGGAGGAUCUGGACAUCAUGGACAAGCCGCCCCGCAGCCCCAGGAGCCUCAUCAGUGGCUUGGCUCUUUUUCCGUACAUGGCCAUUGGCCGCCAUCGAACACACCAGCUCUGCCUAUUCUUCUGUCUCUCACUCUCCCUCUCUCCCCACAGUAUCUUUCUCACAGCUGCCCUGGGCCUUCCAGAAGCCUUGAUCCCCGUGCAGCUGCUGUGGGUGAACCUGGUGACUGAUGGGCUCCCGGCCACUGCCCUGGGCUUCAACCCCCCAGAUCUGGACAUCAUGGACAAGCCGCCCCGCAGCCCCAAGGAGCCCCUCAUCAGUGGCUGGCUCUUCUUCCGCUACAUGGCCAUUGGCGGCUACGUUGGAGCUGCUACAGUGGGUGCUGCUGCCUGGUGGUUCCUCUAUGCAGAGGAUGGUCCUGGUGUCUCCUAUCACCAGCUGUCCCAUUUCAUGCAGUGCACAGAGGAAAACGUGGACUUCGAGGGGCUGGAUUGUGAAGUGUUUGAGUCGCCUGUGCCCAUGACCAUGGCCUUAUCUGUGCUGGUCACCAUAGAGAUGUGCAACGCCCUCAACAGCCUGUCUGAGAACCAGUCCCUGGUGCGCAUGCCGCCCUGGGUGAACAUCUGGCUGCUGAGCUCCAUCUGCCUGUCCAUGUCCCUGCACUUCGUCAUCCUCUACAUCGAUCCCCUGCCCAUGAUCUUCAAACUGACACCGCUGGACCUGACGCACUGGCUCAUGGUGCUGAAGAUCUCGUUCCCCGUCAUCCUCCUGGAUGAGGUGCUGAAAUUUAUCGCCCGGGACUACCUGGAAGCGUAAUCUCCUUUCCCUCCAUCUCCUUGAUCCUGUGUCGCAGUGGGUUUAGAAGACCCGAAGAGGAGGAAGAAGUGACACCUCUGGCCACUAGAAAAACUGCAUCUUCACCCCAACAGUGAAGAACCCCUCGGUGCCCCCUCGCCUUCCCAUGAACCUCAGUCACCUCCUCUUAUUUAACAGCUGCUUUCCUCCACCAAAGGCUGCAAGCAGCCCUCCCUCUCCUCCCCCCGCCGGGUGGGGUGGACAUCAUGGGGGUUUGCGUGCUGCGUUUGGAGAAUGGGGGAAACUCCCCCUUGCAAACUCCCUGCCCUCCUCCUGGCCUUCUAGCUACUUUGCGUCUGUACAUUUUGAGCUGCUAGUCUGUCCUAGCGGCCCCUGCCCAUCCCACCUUCCCCCCAUUUCCUUGCUGGGCACCCAGCCCAUUCGCUGUGUUACCAGCUCACACCCAGUGACCUCCUCACUCACCGGGUGGGGUUUUUUUAAUGCAAAAAAUAACUGAACAGAUGGAAACAUUUUGUCAGGCCAAAGUGCAGCUCCCAGAGGAGGAAAUGAAGAGACUGUUCUAGCUGCUUAUUUAUUAACAUUAAAAGAUAAACUCCUUACGC